AUGGACACCGAGGACCAUCUCUGCUUUCCACAGCUGCUCAACAUCUCCUGCCAGAAGCCCUCGUUAGAAUUUCAUCUUCACUCUGUGCCCUUGUCCGUCAUGGCAGUCAUCAUUGUGGUGCUUAACCUUCUUGUCAUUGUCUCAAUCUCCCAUUUCAGGCAGCUCCACACUCCAACCAACCUUCUCCUCCUCUCCCUCGCUAUCGCAGACUAUCUUUUGGGCUUCCAGAUUAUUCCAGGGCAAAUCUACAUGAUGACAUCUUGUUGGUUUCUCGGUGAUCUGCUGUGCUCUUAUUUUAUGUUUUCACUUCUAACCGUGACUUCCGCAUCAGUGGGGAACAUGGUGCUCAUCUCCAUCGAUCGUUACGUGGCUAUUAGCGAUCCUCUGCAUUAUAAUAUCAAAGUCACCGUGAAAAGAAUUCGACUUUGCAUUGGUCUCUGCUGGUGCUUAUCUCUUUCCUACGCCGGUACUAUUUUUAACAAUCAGCAGACGCAGGGAAAGUACUAUUCCUGCUACGGGGAGUGCAUCUUUACUAUGGACUUCAAUACCGGAGUGGCUGACGUGUGGGUUACCUUCAUCCUCCCUCUCAGCAUCAUCAUCACGUUGUACACCAGAGUGUUUGUGGUUGCCGUGUCUCAGGCGCGAGCCAUGCGCUCUCAUGUUAGAUGCGGCAAACUGAAACAGUCCGUGCCCUUAAGAGCAAAGAAAUCCGAGUUGAAGGCGGCCCGGACUCUGGGUAUUCUGGUCGUUAUCUUCCUCUUGUGCUUUUGUCCGUAUUACACCAUAUCACUGGUACCGCAUUUUGAUGAGUUUUACCUCUACGCUGUGUACCUGUACUGCCUCAACUCAUGUGUGAAUCCCUUGAUCUACGCCUUGUUCUACCCGUGGUUCCGAAGAGCUGUGAAACAUAUUGUCACACUGAGCAUAUUGCGUUCUGGCUCCUGUGAUGCCAACCUGCUGUAG